GUCUAGAACCCUAGAAGUCCCAAAACCCUUUACUACACUUGCAGAUCCAGUGAAAUCGAUGGAUGAUAGUGUUUUCUCUUCGGUUCACUCUACAGUUUUCAAAGAAUCCGAAUCGUUGGAAGGGAAGUGUGAGAAAAUCCAAGGAUACGAUUUCAAUGAGGGAGUAAAUUACCCAAAGCUUCUCAAAUCCUUGCGGACCACCGGGUUUCAAGCCUCAAACCUCGGCGAAGCUAUUGAUGUCGUCAAUCAAAUGCUAGACUGGAGACUGGCUGAUGAAACUACAGUAGCUGAAGACUGUAGUGAAGAGGAGAAAGACCAAUCUUACAGAGAGUCUGUGAAAUGUAAAAUCUUUCUGGGUUUCACUUCGAAUCUUGUUUCAUCUGGUGUUAGAGAUAUCAUUCGAUAUCUUGUUCAGCAUCAUAUGGUUGAUGUUAUUGUCACUACAACUGGUGGCGUAGAGGAAGAUCUCAUCAAAUGCCUUGCACCUACAUUUAAAGGCGAUUUCUCUCUACCUGGAGCUUAUCUCCGGUCUAAGGGAUUGAACAGGAUUGGGAACUUGCUGGUUCCUAAUGAUAACUACUGCAAGUUUGAGGAUUGGAUCAUUCCCAUCUUUAAUGAGAUGUUGAAGGAACAGAAAGAAGAGGAUGUGUUGUGGACUCCUUCUAAACUGUUAGCACGCCUGGGAAAAGAAAUAAACAAUGAGAGUUCAUACCUUUAUUGGGCAUACAAGAUGAAUAUUCCAGUAUUCUGCCCGGGGUUAACAGAUGGCUCUCUCGGCGACAUGCUGUAUUUUCACUGCGUUCGUACCUCUGGCCUUGUCAUUGAUGUAGUGCAAGAUAUCAGAGCUAUGAAUAGCGAAGCUGUCCAUGCAACUCCAAGAAAGACAGGGAUGAUAAUCCUUGGAGGGGGCAUACAGAAGCACCACAUAUGUAAUGCCAAUAUGAUGCGUAACGGUGCAGAUUACGCCGUAUUCAUAAACACUGGGCAGGAAUUUGAUGGUAGCGACUCGGGUGCACGCCCUGAUGAAGCCGUGUCUUGGGGUAAAAUAAGGGACUCUGCUAAAACCGUUAAGGUGUACUGUGAUGCUACCAUAGCUUUCCCAUUGUUGGUGGCUGAAACAUUUGCCACAAAGAGAGAACAAACCCGUGAGGCUAAAGAUCUGACUGCCGUUUCGACCUUGGAUUCUUAAAGACGUCGCCUUCUGAUUUUACUAUGGUGAAUAGUACCCAUAAAACACUCCAUAUUGAUGUGGCUGUGAUGCAAAUUGUACUUUAGUUUUCUCUUACUUUAGAAAUGCUUAAGAUUGUCUCUUAUAUUAAACACACAAGAGUCUUGCCUUUAAACAUUAUUUUAACAGAGAGAAAAGAAGGACAAAACUUUUAUGAAAACAAAGUUUGGAGUAUUA